GAUUGCAUCAUAUCACCCGGGCAACCGGUGGGUUGGGCGGGAACUACAUUUUAGUAUUUCACACAGUGUCCGCCUGCCUGGGAGAGUUUCGGAACAGUCCUGAGUAAAAGUGAAAGCGGCCGUUGGUGUGUCAGUUUACGGCUGCUAGCAUCUUUAUCGUUCUUCAAAGUUGGGGGUCGAGAAACUGGAGAAAUGUCUUCAGCACAGGCAUUUCCAGGUAAAGGUCUAGACCAGCACAAGCAGGUGUCUGUAAAGUCCAACCCUGGAUUUCUGGAGCGAUUAAGUGAAACUGCAGGAGGAACAGUUGUUGGUGUGGGACUGUUUUUCCUCUCAAUUUAUGUUCUCUUCACCAAUGAGGGACGGGCUCUGCAAACAGCAACUUCCCUGGAUGAAGGUCUCUCCCAGGUUGUAUCCCUGGGACCUUAUGUCAGCCUCGACCCACAGAACAAUGGCCAUUUAGUUCACCUGUCUGCAAAGCUGCAUACUUUAGAGCCCCUGUAUGACCCCAACUACAAAGUGAUGGUGCAUGCAGUGAAGCUGAAGCGCCAGGUGGAGAUGUAUCAGUGGGUGGAGUACCAUGAGAGCAGGGAUUACCAAGAGAACGGUGAAACCAAAACAGAAACGACGUACACCUACAACACCGAGUGGAAGUCAGAGUUGGUGAACAGCCGCCAUUUUGAUAAGGAGAUUGGCCACCAGAACCCAAGUGCCAUGGCUGUUGAGAGUGUGACGGUGGUUGCUCCUGAAGUCCGAGCAGGACCUUUCAUUCUGUCUAAAGGCCUGGUGGCGCAGAUAAAUAACUUCCAGACACUGAGUUUGAGGGAUUUUCCCAUCUUCAACCUGGACCCUUUUCUGUCUAUUUAUGAUGACUAUUUCUAUCACACUCAAAAUCCACGAAGGCCAGAGGUGGGUGAUGUGCGUGUGAGGUUUUCCUUCGCUGGACUGAGCAGUGACAACUCUCUCCUGGGCCCGCCUCAAACUGUCAGUGUUGUAGCUAUGCAGAGAGGGGAGCAGCUGGUGCCAUUUAAAACCAAAUCAGGAGACACUCUGGAGAUCCUUUAUCUGGAGGAGCUUUCUGCAGAGGAGGUGUUUGCGAGGGAACACCAGUUUAACAGCAUGAAGACUUGGGGACUCAGGGCUGCAGGCUGGGCCCUCAUGUUCCUCGGUAUUCAGCUGAGCAUGCGAAUCAUCUACACGUUGGUGGACUGGGUUCCUGUCCUCAGAGAGCUCGUGUCCAUUGGCCUGAAGAUCUUCGCCUUGUGUGUCUCAUGCUCACUGUCUCUUGUUAUCAUUGGAGUCAGCUGGCUUUUUUACCGACCGUUGGUGGCAGUAGCUAUAGGAGCACUGGCUCUGCUUCCAGUGUUUCUUGCCCGCUCAGGACUUCCCGCCAAGAAGAAUGCCUGACUGUUGAACUGAUGAUUAUAGGUUUUCUGAUGGCUGGCUGCAGAUGUUUUGUGCAGCCUUUUUUUUUUUUAAAGUUUGUUACAACCUGCACAGGAGUUGUUGGUUUAAAGAGACAUUCAGUCUGUUUAAUCUGACAUCAAUCACAAGCAGCAGAUAGCAUUUGCCUUUGAAUAUCUUCAGAUGUGGCCAUUCAGAAAUUCAUCCAAAAUCCUCACUGAUAUCUCACCUGAGCAACUUUGAGACUUUGCUGUUGUCUCAUUUUUACUGUACUACACCAAAGUUAUUCCUUCCACCAAAUGUUCAGCUGUUUCUUAGCUUGAAUUUUUUCACCUAGUUAAAAUAAAUGCAGUCCUAUCCAACGGUCCUGCACUAAACUCUUGAACUGCACUGUUACACUGACAGAUGCUCCAACAGUCUACAAAAACAGGAGAACUUUACAUUAUCAGGGUAGGAUUUAAUGCACUGAUCUGUGAGGCUGCAUUAAUUUUAGCUACAUGUAUCUAAUGAAUUGUUUACCUGUAUGUUUAUUGGAUACCUGUUUUCACUUUAUCUGCAGCAACCAAGCAAGUGUGUACAUAGCUGUACUUUAAGGCUCAUAAGUAAAUUUAAUAGCUGCAAAAUUACUCACAAAAUUCAAUUGUGUAAAACUGAAAAGAUACCACAAAACUGGGAUUCUCAGUUUUGUCUGCGUUACCUGUUGAAUAAAGAGCUCAGAAAGUU